AUCCCCCGGGAGGUGGGUUGGGAUUUCCUCCCUUUGUUUGCCUCUGCGGGUGGACAGGGCAGCUGUGAUUUCCACUCCCACCGCCUGUGUGCGUACCGGGGGUUGCUGAGCACGGCACAGCUCAUCACAGGCAUCUGGGGACAGUCCCCACCCCCGCCUCCCUUUUCCUCUGCCCUCCUCCUGCCCCAGCGGUGUCCCCCGCCUCCCUGAGCCUCCAUCUUCGACGGAGGGAAGGGAAAAUAGAAAAUCCCGCCCCGUAAGCGGCAGGCAAAGCUUUUCCUUCUCCCUGCCGGAGCAGCCGGAGAAGAGCAGGAUGGCCAAUCCGGAUCCCUAUCUGCGUCAGCCCUGGCUCACAGUGCACGGCAUUCCCAUGGUCAAUGCCUUUGCCCUUAACUGGGAACGGAUUGACAGCUUCCAGAGUCGCCCUGAUGACAUUGUGGUGGUCACCUUCCCCAAGUCUGGCACCACUUGGGUCAGCGAGAUUGUGGACAUGGUCCUGAAAGGCGGUGACCCUGAAAAAUGCAAGCAGGAUGACAUUGUCAACCGGGUGCCUAUGAUGGAGUUUGCUGCCCCUGGGAAGAUGCCAGCAGGCACAGACCAGCUGGAGGUCAUGGCAUCCCCUCGCAUCAUCAAGACCCACAUCCCAGCUGACAUCCUGCCCAAAACCUUCUGGGAAAACCACUGCAAGAUGAUCUAUGUGGGGCGCAAUGCCAAGGAUGUGGCCGUUUCCUACUACCACUUUGACUUGAUGAACAAGUUCCACCCUCACCCUGGGACAUGGGCCCAGUACCUGGAGGAGUUCAUGGCCGGCAGAGUGGCAUAUGGCUCCUGGUACAACCACGUCAAGGGCUAUUGGGAGCGGAGGAAGGAUCACCCCAUUCUCUACCUCUUCUACGAGGACUUAAAGGAGGACCUCCGCCGGGAGAUUGCCAAGGUGGCCCAGUUCCUGGGGCAGGAGCUGUCGGAGACAGCACUGGACACCAUCACCCGACACACUUCCUUUGAGGCCAUGCGGGACAACCCCACCACCAACUACAGCAAGGUGCCCUCCAACCUCAUGGACCACAGCGUGUCCCCCUUCAUGCGCAAAGGCACCACUGGAGACUGGAAGAACCACUUCACCGUGGCCCAGAACGAGCGCUUUGACCAGGACUAUGCACAGAAGAUGUCGGGCACCGACCUGCGCUUCCGCACUCAGAUCUGAGGAGACGCUGCCAGACACCCCCAAAUCUGCCCCAUGCCGGUGGCACUGCUCCCACAGCAGGGGCUGCUUCCCCUCCUCUGGGACUGCUGGAGAGAAAUAAAAUGUGGUCCCUGGCCCCCGCAUGGGGUGUUCACUA